AUGCCAAAAAAUCAUUACAAUUCAACUAAAAAUAAAUACCAUAAGACAACUAUAGAACUUCCUUAUGCUUAAAAUGUUAUACCUGUAAAAUAAGGAAUACAUAAUUUAAUUGAGAAAGCAGAGAAGCUUUUAAGAGAAGAAAGUAAUAAAUCAAAAUUAUAUUAGAAUUUUCUUCUAUCCAUUUAGUUGCUUAUGAUAAAACAGCCCCCAGUGCUUUAAUGAUGGCUAAAAUCUUGAAAGAUAAAUUUCCUAAACUUCAUGAAGUAUAGAGUUUAUUUUAAUUCAUUCUAGAUUACUUUAAUUGAAAGCAUUGAGAAAUUUUACCAUUAUGAACCAUUAGAGGAGGGAUUAAUCGAUGUUAAUAUUAGUGUAAAAAUUCCAUCAAUCAUUAUAAAACUUACAUUUAAUCCAACCUAAGAAGAAAUGGCAAAACCAGGAUAUUAAAGAUCGUUAUUUGAUGAAAGAUCUGCACAAUUACUUAAAUAUCAAGAUCCUAUGAUGAGAGAACUAUAUGAUAAUUCAUCAGCAGCUGAUACAUAACAAGAAGAAAGUUAAGAAGAUGAAGAUUAGGAAUAAAUAGAAGAGGAUUAAGUUGAUAAUAGAGAGGGUGAAAGAUAUUAUAGAAGUUAAGUAGAUUUUAGAUCUUCUUUAUAAGAAUCAAUGAUUAAGCAUAAGGAUAUUUUUGCAACACCUUAAUAAGAUUAAAUUGGUCAAUCUAAUAAAAUAAGAACAUAAGAUUAAAAUUAUAGAUAAGAGUUUGAUAUGUAGUAAAAUAAGAAUUAAAAAUAUGAUAACAGACAAUAGGAGUAUUUUCAUUAUGCUCAUAACUUUAAACAUUCUAAAGUACCUGAUGAUGAUGAUGGCUUUGAAGAAAUAUCAAUCCCAAGACAAAAUUAAUAUUCAAAUUCUAAUUCUUAGAAAUUCUAACAUUAGCCUCCCUACCAAUAAUAAAGAUAAUAAUAUGAUCCAAAUUAAUAAUAUUAAUAAGAUUUUGUGAAUUCUGGAUAAUAUCAGAAUAAUUAUAACAAACCAGUUAGAAAUACCGAAUAAAGAAAAAAAAGAUUGGAAGAAUAACUUACAGAUUCUUAAUCAUAAUUUUUUAAUCAAUCUAAUAUAUCUACACAGUAAUUUGAUAGAACCUAAGGGAGCUUCCAAAAUUAAGAUGGAUUUGGUUAAUUUAAUUAUCCAAAUUCAAAGUCUAAUUUUAUUAGAGAAGAAAGGAAUAUGAUCAACAUGGAAUAAUAAAACACACAGAAUUUUAAUUUAAAUAGGGAUAUAAGGGAUGAUAGAGAUAUGAGAGAUAAUAGAGAUAAUAGGGAUAACAGAGAUAAUAGGGAUAAUAGGGAUAAUAGAGAUAAAAGGGAUAAUAGGGAUAAGAGGGAUAACAGAGAUAAUAGGGAUAAUAAAGAUAAUCGAGAUAGAAGGGAUAACAGAGAUAACAGAGAUAAUAGAGAUAAUCGAGAUGGAAGGGAUAACAGAGAUAACAGAGAUAAUAGGGAUAAUAGAGAUAAUCGAGAUGGAAGGGAUAACAGAGAUAACAGAGAUAAUAGAGAUAAUCGAGAUGGAAGGGAUAACAGAGAUAAUAGAGAUGGAAGGGAUAACAGAGAUAAUAGAGAUAAUAGAGAUAAUAGAGAUAAUAGAGAUAACAGAGAUAAUAGAGAUAACAGAGAUAAUAGAGAUAGAAGGGAUAACAGAGAUAAUAAAGAAAAGAGGGACAACAAAGAAAAAAAGGAUUAUAGGGACAAUAAAGAUAAUAGGGAAAAAAAUUAUAAUCAGAACAAUUAGGAGAAAAGAAAAAAUAACGAUAAUAAGGAUUAAAACUAUAAGAAUAAGGGAGGAAUCAAAUAAACAGGAUAAAAUGAAAUAAUCAACAAUUUGGAUAAAAGAAGAGAGCUAAACGAGAAAAUGUGUACUCCAAUGUGA